CAAAACUCCAUUAGACGAAAGUUACAACUUCAAUGAAAUACUACCUUAAAGUUAUCAUCCUCACUGAAGAUUGAACUUACAAGCUUUAACGCCGGAGCCACAAUAUCCUAAUUCUCCUUCUCUGCUACUGGUAAUGGCGGUACAACUUCAUCGCGCCUACUGCAUCCUUCCUGCACCACGUGUCGCUUUACCAUCUCAUCCCUCCUCAUCAUCUUCUUAUUCGGGAAUUCGAAUUAGAGACUUACGCUCCAAUUUCUCUGUCACUCGCCCUCACCGUUUCCGCUUCAGCUCGCGCGCGUCCGUCACCGCUUCUCUCUCCGCCGUUGAUUCUCCAGACACUUCUCUUAGGGAUGCCCAUGAUGCGGAGAAAGUACCCCUGCUCGAAGUGAAAGAUUUGACUGCUGUGAUUGCUGAGUCCAAUCAGGAAAUUCUCAAGGGCGUCAAUCUUUUAAUUUGCGAAGGAGAGGUUCAUGCGGUGAUGGGGAAGAAUGGUUCUGGAAAGAGCACAUUCUCAAAGGUUGGUUUCUUCUCACUUAACACAUGUAACAAUUCNGUUGUUUUUAAAGGUCAGAACUUGCUUGACAUGGAGCCCGAGGAAAGAUCUCUUGCUGGUCUCUUCAUGAGCUUCCAGUCCCCGGUUGAGAUCCCUGGUGUUAGCAAUAUGGACUUCUUGAACAUGGCCUAUAAUGCUAGGAGAAGAAAACUUGGUCAGCCAGAGCUUGGUCCUCUUGAGUUUUAUGCAUAUUUGUCUUCUAAACUCGAACUUGUGAAUGUAAAGACCGACUUCCUCAACAGAAAUGUAAAUGAAGGAUUUAGUGGUGGUGAAAGGAAGCGCAAUGAAAUUCUACAACUAGCGGUUCUGGGGGCAGAGUUGGCUAUAUUGGAUGAAAUUGAUUCUGGUUUAGAUGUUGAUGCACUUCAAGAUGUAGCCAAAGCAGUAAAUGGGCUUUUAACUCCAAAAAAUUCUGUGCUGAUGAUCACUCACUAUCAACGACUGUUGGAUUUUAUAAAACCAACAUGUAUCCAUAUAAUGGAGGACGGAAGAAUCAUAAAAACAGGGGAUAUUUCCUUGGCAAAUAUUCUAGAGAAAGAAGGUUAUAAAGCAAUCACCGGCUCAUAGUUGCAGAAUAUUGUUAUUGGUACUUUAUCUCUCUUCCAUCCAUGCAAAUCUUCUAUAUUAUUUCUGAAUCAGGAAACAAAGAAACAUCAUUUUGAAACUCUAGCAUCAUUCAAUUGUCAACCCAAAAAUUGACUAUGUCCAGUUUACCAAUGAAGAUAUUAUGGAGACAUUUGACUUUCUUUUAA